GAUGACGUCAUUUCUCGGCCAGCUGCCUGCUCGGUGAGAUAAACGUCACAAUGUUGUCGACUGCUGUUUUCCUUGUGCAGCUCAUCUAAAAACACAACCGGGCUCAAUACAUUAACCAGGAUCUUUCGCGCAGGUAGAGUGACAGUUAAGCAGCGAUAAGGUGGACCGGAACGCUGCGAUGCCUCUGCGGUUUUUGGAGAGGUUUCCAUGGCCCAGCCUGCAGACCUACACAGCACUGAGUGUGGUUUUACUGGCUGGCAGCAUCUUCAGCGCUUACACCACUGUCACGACUGACCCGGGCUUUGGGGCCUUGGAAACGGAGGAUGCACCAGCAGCUCCCUCAGAGGUCGACCUGGAACAUCUAAACAAUCAUGCUAUCACUAACACAGAACUGGCAAGAACCGUCCUGUGGUAUCUUGUUACUGACAGUCUCUUUGUAUGGGUCUUGGUCAAUACCUUCUGCUGUUCUUUAAUGUUAGUCGCUAAAAUGAUCCAGUUUGUGGUGUUUGGUCCGCUUAGAGUCAGUGAGAAGCAACAUCUCAAGGAUAAAUUCUGGAACUUCAUCUUCUACAAGUUCAUUUUCAUAUUCGGAGUAUUGAAUGUGCAGACAGUGGAGGAGGUGGUCAUGUGGUGUUUGUGGUUCUCAGCCCUGGUCUUUCUCCAUCUGAUGGUUCAGCUCUGCAAAGACCGCUUUGAAUAUCUGUCUUUCUCGCCUUCGACUCCAAUGAACAGCCAUGUCCGAGUACUUUGUCUGCUGUUCUCCCUCCUCCUGGACUGCUGUGGCCUGGCUGUGGUCUGUGGGCUGCUAGGAGCUUCUUAUGGCAUGCACACCCUUUCCUUUAUGGCAGCAGAGUGUUUGUUGGUGACAGUACGCACUGGACAUGUCAUUAUGAGGUACUCCAUCCAUCUGUGGGAUUUGAACCAUCCUGGAACUUGGGAGAGCAAGGGCACAUAUGUCUACUACACUGACUUCAUAAUGGAGCUGGCUAUGCUCUUUCUGGACCUCAUGCACCACAUCCACAUGCUGCUUUUUGGUAACAUCUGGCUGUCCAUGGCCAGCUUGGUUAUCUUUAUGCAGCUGCGAUAUCUUUUCCACGAGGUCCAGCGUCGCAUCCGAAGACACAAGAACUACCUGCGUGUCAUCAACAACAUGGAGGCCAGAUUUGCUGUUGCUACUGGAGAAGAGCUUGCAGCCAAUAAUGAUGAUUGUGCCAUUUGCUGGGAUGCCAUGCUGACAGCACGCAAACUCCCAUGUGGUCAUCUUUUCCACAACUCCUGUUUGCGCUCUUGGCUCGAGCAAGACACGUCAUGUCCAACAUGUCGAACAUCCCUCAACAUUAAUGGAGAUGGGGUUCAGGUGAGAGGUCAGCAGCAGGGCGGCGGUUUGGACGAAAAUAUUGGCCCAGUUGGAGCAGCUCCAGAUGCAAGGCCACACGUCAACCAACACAAUCACUUCUUCCACUUUGAUGGAUCUCGUAUUGCCAGCUGGCUGCCCAGUUUUUCAGUGGAAGUGAUGCACACUACUAAUAUUUUGGGUAUCGCUCAGGCCAACAACUCUCAGCUUACAGCCAUGGCCCAUCAGAUUCAGGAGAUGUUCCCUCAGGUGCCCUCCUACCUGGUAAUGCAGGACCUGCAGCUGACCCGCUCUGUAGAGGUCACCACAGACAACAUUUUAGAGGGACGGAUCCAGGUGCCCUUUCCUGUACAGGCUAUAGAACGUGGUCCUCUACAGGUGAAUCCUGCACUAGAUGAUGAGGCGGGCUCCAGUGGAGCUGCUGAGCAGAACCCUGAUGAGUUGAAUAACAUGGAGGUCAGAGGUGGUCGCUUUUCCAAGUCUGCUGAGGAGAGGCAGAUGAUGCUAAAGCAGAGGCAAGAAGAGCUGCUUCAACAAGCACGCAGGAGGUAUCUGAACAAGACGGAAGAGGAUCAGGAGGAGGAUUUGCCCAGACUGGAAGGGGACUCUGUGGCAGAACUGAACUCGACUGUGCUGAGACUUAGAACCAUGGCAGAAGCUGCAGAGAGGCGCAUGCAGAACCAACAAGAACCUACCCCCUGAUUAUACAGAUUAGCUUUAUCAGGAGACUGUCCCACCUCAUCAUCCCAAGAGGCAACAAGCUCUAUUACAAUCGUUCCCAUUUGGUUUAGUCAAUGGUCAUCACUUACUUAACAAUGUCAUUAAAAAGCAUCACAAACUUGGCCUGUGGACUGUUUUGGGCUACCUGAAGAAGGUGAGACUGUUGAAAGUGGCCUUUCCAUCAUUAAUUCCACCCUUGAGUAUUUGGAGCAUUACAUAUAAAUGAAUGGGUAGAUGCAGAUCAGGACUUGCACGGUUGCAUUGCCCAUUGUUCCUGUGCCACACAUUGCAACUACCAGCUUAGACAGUAUCUGUCAAGAUUUGGACUAGCUAUCAAAAUGGUUUUGCAUGUUUCGCAUCCAGAAACUUACAAAAAUAUAUAUUUUACAUGAAGUGUUGGGAGGCAUCAUUUGUAGGUGAAGCUACUACAAGUCUUUUCUUAUUACAUGUUUGGUCACUUGUUUUGCUCAUG